AGCGACUCGAGUUUGAAUCCCGCUCGCGGGCGGGGAUGAGUGACCAGAUUCGCGAGCGCGGCUGGCCUUCCGUGCACGCGCAAGCGUAGGCAAGAAAGUCAGUUUCAUUACUGUCGGAGGAGGUUUGCUCUUCUUUCUACCAUCUCUUUCCGAUCUCCGUCUUAAUCAUUUUCCCCUCCCCACCUUCCCUCCCUCCCAUCGGUACUGAAUUUGUCUAGGUUCCCCCCCCCCCCCCCCCACUCCCUCCUUCCUUUCCCCCACCCUCUUGUUCCCUUCCCGGACAUGGCUAGCGAGAGUAGUCCGACGCCUGAAUCUCCGCCACUGCCGCCGACCGUUGAACAGGAUCAGAGCUGUGGCCUAUGCGGCAAAAUGGAGAAAUUGCUGCUCUGCGGGGGUUGCAAAAGAUCGUUCUACUGCAGUAAAGAGCACCAGAAGAUGGACUGGAAGAAACACAAGCAAGUCUGUAAAGAGGCGGCGAGACGACAGGGCGACGACACACGAAACGCUUCGGCGAUCAGCAACCACCGUCCGGCGCGGCCACUGCCGAAGCCAGCUUCGGUCAAUGGACAGCCGGCGGAGAAGAAUGAAGAGGCGACAACUGCAUCCCAUCUGGUACCCGGGGCCGGCAUCGGCUGCCGCAGUCACCGGGGCCAGCACGGAUUGAGUGGCGGCAGCUCCCAGAAACUGGUUCAGGAGUACAUCGUGCCGUGUAUGAGCAAGCACGGAAUCUGCGUGGUGGACAACUUCCUGGGAGAGGAGAUGGGUGACAGUGUGCUGAGGGAGGUAAAGGAACUGCAUCGGAGCGGCCAGUUCACCGAUGGCCAGGUGGUCAACCAGAAAGGGGACUCCUCAAAGGACAUCCGGGGCGACCAGAUCACCUGGAUGGACGGGAAGGAGCCUGGCUGCAUGCAGAUCGGGCUCUUAAUGAACAGCAUGGACGAUCUGAUCAGGCACUGCAACGGGAAACUCGGCAAUUAUAAUAUUAACGGCAGGACGAAAGCAAUGGUGGCGUGUUACCCAGGCAACGGAACAGGAUAUGUUCGCCAUGUUGAUAACCCUAAUGGAGAUGGACGAUGUGUCACAUGUAUAUAUUAUCUGAAUAAAAACUGGGAUGCACAGGUAAAUGGAGGUCUUCUUCGAAUUUUUCCAGAAGGAAAAUUACAGUUUGCAGAUAUUGAACCAAAGUUUGACAGGCUGCUAUUUUUCUGGUCCGAUCGACGCAAUCCUCAUGAAGUUCAACCUGCUUAUGCUACAAGGUACGCUAUAACAGUCUGGUACUUUGAUGCAGAUGAGCGAACACGAGCUAAAGACAAAUAUUCAACAGCAUUUGGAAGGUGCCAGAAUAACAGGACACCAGAAGGGAAACCUAUCUCUUACAUUGAAUCUGACACAUUUAAUUUAAUAUGCUUCCAAAGCAGAGCAGCCAGAACAGUUCACAGUAUUCCAAAAGUGUCCUCAUCAACAUCCUGUACAACCGCAACAUGGUGUCACAAUUCCAAUGUCCACUGGUCUGAACAAUGAAGGUGAAAAAGGAGUUAAAGUUGAAUUAAAUAAACCUUCAGAACACAGUUCAAAAGAAGCUUGACAUUUCUUUCUUCCUUGUCCAUAUCUGUCGAGAUAUAAGGCUUACCUUAAGAAUGUUACCAGAUGAGUGGAUGAAGAAUUACAAUAACUGCUGCUUGUGAUUUCAAAGAUGGGAAUUCAGCAACAAAAAAAAUCUCUUACAAGACUGGACCUUGAAUUCAGAGGCUUUGCGCUGCAUUAUCUAUCUCUUGGAAGUACUCAUUUCAAGUGAAGAAUGCCAUGGUUGAAGCAGUAAUGAAAGUGGAGUGAAGUUGUGGCACAGACGUGCCUGAAAUAAUUGAAAUGCUCUUAAUUUGUCAAUUAUAAUUUAUCUGCUAGUCACAGGCUGCAGUUCCUCUAUUUUUGUUGAUUGGAAUUUUGGGAUAAUUCGCAUAAAGUUUAUGGUGAGGUUAGAACAAGAAAACUGCAGUAUUGAUAUCCAUGAGGAAAGUGUUGAUUUACCUGAUUUCACCAAUAUAGUAAUUUAAUUAACUGGAGAGAAAACAUAAGCAUUUUAGAUUUAAAUCCAGAUAUCUUUUAGCGGCAGCCACUUGCCACUUGCCACAAGCUGUGAAAAAAAAUGACAUUUCUCCAUUUGAGAACAAUGGAAACAUUCACACUCCAUUUGACUCUUCUGUUUUUCUCUCUUUUGCUUUUCCUUGACCAUUUUCCAUUCUAUUUCCAUUUUAUUAAAAUUCAUUUUAAAUCUGCAACUUUUUGUUUAAAAUUCAUCAGUGUGCCUCCAACAUCUGCAGCGAAUUGGCUGCAACUACAGCUAUAUGCCACUGGGAAUGCUUAUUACCAGACCAAUAUUGUUGUUUAUGGUGAGACACUAAGUAUUAGAGCGAGAAACUGAAUAGGAUUUUAUUCCUGAACUUUAAAGUUACAAUUUGAAGCAUCUGAAGGAUUAAUUAUUUGUGAUAUAUUGUUCUAAAAAUAGUUGCAAAACAUUUUUGAACAUGCUAACCAAUAUCUAGAAUUUUACAUAAUUUUGACCCAAGAUGUCAAACACUUGAAUUGGUUUGAAUUAUGGUCCGUCUUCAUAUACAUUUUCUUAAACUUCGCUUUUGAAGCAGUUUCAUUCCAUCAGUGACCAUUACAUCCUCAUUUUUUCAAUCAAUCUAAAUUUUAAUAUUUGAAUGAAAAAUAAAUCAAUGAACCAGUUUUAUAAACCAAUGAAUUUUCACUUCUGGAUAUUCCUUCCUGAUGGUGUUCAGUUUGGGUACUUUUCUCUUUGAAGCUGCAUUCACAUAAUGCUGUGUCACAUGUAUUCAGUGCUUGGAGAUAAAUCAAUACCAUGGUGCUUUAAUGGCUUUUCCAAACGGUAAGCACCUGUCUGUUUUCUUUUUCUGACAGUAUAUUUUAAAAUGCCCUUUGAUAGCUGCAUAGCAAAGAGUUAUACAGCAUGCACAUAAAAUAGAGUUGGUAUUUACUAUGUUUGAUAUUAUAAAAUAAAUUGUUAAUUAUGAAAUGAA